AAACGUUUCGUUCACGAACUUCUGGCCCCGGAUGAAGUCCGAUACUCGGCGCUGGUGCCGAACUUGCUUUGCAUGCCAGUCUUGCAAAAUCGGAAAACAUACAAAGGCGUCGCUACAACAGCUGGAUGUUCCGUCGGAAAGGUUUGCAACGAUCCACGUCGACUUAGUGGGACCGAUUCAUCCGGCUGCGGAGGGCAAAAAUAUGAUAUUCACAGUCAUAGACAACUAUUCGGGUUACAUGUCUGGGUUCCCGUUAUCGUCUACCGGAGAUGGCUCCAAUGCAACAGCUUGUGCAAAAUGUCUGGUUCAGUGGAUGGCGCAUUUUGGGACUCCUUCGACCGUCGUCUCUGA